AUGAGCGGCAACUUCGUGCCGUACCAGCCACCCCAGCAGCCUGUCUACUGGCAGCAGCAACAACAACAGCAGCAGCAGCAGCAGCAGCAGCAAGGAGCCCCAAGUCAUCAUGGCACCCUAACCCUAACGCCGGCCCCCACAUCCCUCCCCCACGUCUAUGGCCCCUAUGUUCCCCCAUCGCAGGGCCAGCAGCAGCAUCCCCAAUCCCCUUAUCCGCAACCCCUUCAGGUUCAACAGCCCACUCCCCAACAUCAUCCUCAGCAGCAGCAAGCCCCGCAGCACCCUCUGCAGCACCCUCAGCACCCUCACCAACCCCAGCAGCCCCAGCACUACACACCACAUCCUGGCUAUCCCCAUCCCCAGUCCCCGCCCCAGCAAUACCCUCCCCAUCAACAACCUCCCCCGCAUAAUCUCAACUCUGCCGCAUAUGGGCCAAGCCCCGUUGUGAAGAGCAACAGUCCUGUCGGCUUCAUUGCCGAACUCGGCGACACCGUCAUCCCCACGCCCCCACCCGAGCCGAGCCAAGACUCGGCCGGCAAUUCUGCCGGAUCGGCCAAUGCGGGUCCGCCAAAGGACGAUGACAAGCCCGUGCCAAGCCCCCAGUCGGCGCGGCCACCCACCAAUGCCAAUCCCUGGGGCUUUUUCCUCGACGAGAAGCGCCCUAACCCCGGUGGCGCCGCCGGCCCGGCCCUCUUCCGGGGCUGGUGCCGCUACCGGACUCCCCUCGCAGCAGUAUGCCACCGCUAUCCCUUACCGCGCGCCCCCGUUCAGGGGCCGCCGGGCGUGCAGCACCCUUCAGCCCCUCCUCAGGCUCAGCAGUUCCAGCAGGCCCAGAACACACCACCGCAGGCCCAGCAGGCCCAGUCUCCACAUGGCCAGCCCCAGCAGUUCGUCGCCCUGAACGCUCCUGGGCUUGCCUCGUCGUCCGCUCCGACGUCCGUUCCUCAGCAGGGUCAGCAGCCACUCCAGGGGCAUGGACACCCUCAGCCUCAGCCUCAGGGCACGCCUGGUGCCCAAUUCCAAGCGUUCCACCCCCAACGUCCCGCAGGGCCAGGCCCCAACACCCAUCAGCCUGGUACCCCAUUUCAACCCUACGCACCGCCCAACCCCUCUGGCGGGUCGCCGCAGGGAGGACCUCCCAAAAUGCCGGUAGCCAUCCGCCGGGUCAACAAGGCGCGCCCACCCCUGGUGUCGGCGCUGGUGCCGGAGCCGGAGCCGCCCGGCCAGGGCCCGCUCAACAACCACCCGCUCCGGCUGGCCCCGGACCGCUCCCGGGUCAUCCUCCUCAAGGCCCGCCAUAUCCCGCACAGGUCCAACCUGGCCAGCCACAGCCAGGUCAUCCACAGCAAGGCCCACUUGCCCCUUCGCAUGUUGCUGCCUCGGUCCCACCUUCCGCGGCUCCUGGCCAGGCCUUGCAAAAUCAGCCUCAUGUCUAUGGCCCCGCUCCCCCUCAAGCCGGCACUCCUAUCUCUCCCUCCUUCAACCCAGGCGCACCUCCUCCCAACCAGCAUCAAAGCCAGGGUCGUACUUCCCUCACAGCGCUACCCCGCCCGCUGUCCACCCCGCGUAUCAAACCGCAAUACUGUCCCCCAAAGCCCCCUCCCCAACACCCUCAGUCACAGUCACCCGCAUCGCAGCAUGGCCCGCCUGGGCGGAAACCUGUUCCGGGCGCUCAACCAAACCCUCCCACGCCAACUUCGCAAACGCCAGGUCCCGUUCCUGGAGCCCAAGGUCCGAGCCAACCCCUUCUGUGCAAAGCGGGACGCGCCCUAG